AUGUGGUUCACCGGUUUUACUAUCGACCCCGACACGGUCAGCCUGAACGUACCGAAAAGGCCAAAUCAAGACCCAAACGACUUUUUCAGAGCACAGAAACGUGUGCGGCUUGGCGAGGCCAAAUCGAUCCUCGACCCGCUGCCUGCACAACCGCCGGAGCUUCAGUCCUUCCGCGAUACCGCACACCGGAUUCGGAUCGGCCAGUGGUUAGACGCGGAUCCAUUCGGCGGGGAAGAUGUGGACUGUCCUCCUAAUACCCCGAUCGAAGUCCAAGGCGCAAGCGUCGCUCCGACCCACCAAGUCUGUGAAAACUUGGCUGGCCAGCGCAACACUCUCGACACAAUGAGAAAGAUAAGGCAGCAGGUCAACGCAUCAGGAGCGGAUAUGAGGGAGCCAGAGGCACAGAACAUGGACGCGAAUGAGGAGGAGCAGCAACCAUCAGAGUUGCUUUCUGAUUUGCUGGCACAGGCGCGACGAUCUGAUCAGGAUAGGACAGCAGAGGAUAAUGGGUUCGUGGACCCUGGGGAAGAACAGGGUCACGUCGAGGAGCAGACAAGAGGAGGUUUGACAGACGGGAGGUCAGCCCGGGCCACAAGCUCAAUUCCUCACUUGGCAGGUUUGGAACUCGAGGACACAACAUCGACCAUCGAAGAUCAGGCCGCGCCGUUUAAUCUCUCCCCUUUCGAACUAGCUUUUGCUCUAUGGGAGAAGAAACACAACAUAUCCCGAGCAGCCCACUCGCACCUACGCGAAGUUCUCCAACUUGUCCAGCACAUUGACGAAUUGCGAAAAAAUCCCACAGCGGAAGGAUACGGUGGUACACCAACUACAUCGUGUCCUACCACGCGGUACAUUAUGGAAGGCGACACUUCAGGACCAAAGCGUGCUCCCCAGUCGGGUGUCGUACGACAAAUCGAUGCUGGUUCUUGA